CACGGAAACCAAUAUCUUUUCAUAUAUUUUUUUAUGCGAACAUUAACACCUAGUGUGGAUGUUCGUAUUUGAAUUGUGUGAAAGAAUAUGCACGAUACUGAAUCGUCACUGAAACGGAUCAGAUUGGUGCAAACAGUGUUUUAUUCAUUCAGUUUUAUUAUCAGAUCAACGACUAAUCUUUGUUUCGUGUUACGAAAAGCUUUCAAUCGCCCAAAAAUCCCCGCAUCAGACGAGCAAAACCAUCAUUACUGGUAAGAGUUUUACGACUUGCUUUAGUUCAAUUCCUUACUUACGCAACUACUGAGUUGCAAUAACAGAGACCAUUCAUUCAAUGUGCGAAUCAUGGCAACGGGACGGGGCCUACUUAGAUUUUUGAUAUUUCUAGUGUUUGCACUGUGCUCUGCUUCAGCGGAAAAUAAUGAACCAAAUCUGGGCUUUGGAUUAGAGUUGAUUUUGACCAAGCUGGAACAGUUGGAGCUCAAAUUGGUAGCACUAGAACAACAAAAUCAAUUGCUUGUCGAACUACUGAACAAGCCUUGCUCGAAGGUUAUUCAUAAAGAUACGACAAUUUCAAAGCAAAUUGAUCCACCGAGUUCUCUGAUCGUCACCGAUGAAUUGACUGCUGAAAACGAAAUUCACUCAUCGUGUUCCACAGUUCCGUUCGUGAAACCGGGAAAAUAUUUGCUCAAGCCAACAGAAACUUCGGAACCUUUCUACGCGGUUUGUGACGAAAAUUCGCACGGCAAGGGUUGGAUGGUAAUUCAAAGGCGCUUCAAUGGUACGGAGAUAUUCUAUCGGAAUUGGACGGGUUACAAGACGGGGUUCGGUAGUUUGGAUGGUGAAUUUUGGUAUGGACUCGAUCGUAUUCAUCUUUUCACAAGUACCCGGAAACAUGAGAUAAUGUUCGACUUAAUGGACUUCAAAGGAACUAGCAUAUAUGCUAUAUACAAUGCAUUCCUUAUAGGAAGCGAAGAGGAGGGAUACGCGAUCAAAGAGUUAGGGAUGUUCAACGGAAACCACGGUGAUUCAUUUGAGUAUCACAAAGGAAUGAAAUUCACUACCUUUGAUCGCGACAACGAUGAGUUUGGGUCUAAUUGUGCCGUGCAGUACCGUGGCGCAUGGUGGUAUAAGAGCUGCUACCACAGCAACCUGAACGGCAAAUAUAUACACGGCCACGAUCAUCAGUCCAUGCGCUGGAUCACAUUCCAACACGGCUUACAGCUGUCCAAGAUCAUGAUACGAGAAGUUUGAGUCAUUAGGAAUUUCUCAGCCUGCCUUGAACUUGCCAUAUAUGGAGCGCGCCUCUUCCUUGCAUCCUAAGUGGAAACAUGACUCGGUGGCUACCCAAAUCCAAGCCCAGUUCUUUCAGAGAAAUAAUAAAAUGCGCGGUUUUUA